GCGAAGAGGGGAUCCUAUCCCUAUGAUACAACUGGCAACAGAAAGAGACGUUACCAGCCAGCCAAGAAGGCGAGAAGAACUUCUCUUUCACGCUCUAGUUAAAAAAAAAUAAAAAAAUAAAAAAAUCAAGCACUAAACCAGACCAAUAUUAAUAUAUGUACCCAAAAGCAUUCUCUUUAUCAAUCGAAGGACAGAACAGAACCACCACGGAACCCAAAAUGACAGAGGCAGAGCCAAGCAACAACAGCACGGUCGCAAAACCCAGAUUAGUCGUCUGCAUAGGCGACGUCCAUGGCUACAUCACAAAGCUUCAAAAUCUGUGGUCAAAUCUCGAAACCCAAUUCGACCCCCAACACUUUAACGCUGCAACAAUUAUCUUCUUAGGCGAUUACUGUGACAGAGGCCCAGAUACCAAGAAAGUCCUAGAUUUCUUGAUAGAAUUACCUUCAAGGUAUCCAAAUCAAAAGCAUGUGUUUCUUUCGGGAAAUCAUGACUUUGCUUUUGCUGCUUUUGUUGGUGUCCUGCCUGAGCCGCAAAAUGGGGUGUCAUUUAAGGAAGGAUGGAAGGAGUAUGAAGAGAGUGAGGACAGGGAAGGGUGGUAUAAAGGAGACGGGUAUGAGAAUAUGCAUUUGCAAGGGAGAAGGUGGGCUGGUCAUAUUAAGGUGAGAUUCAAUACCAUUAAAGGGACUGAAUACAAGGGCUCUAUUUAUGAUGCUGGUCCCACUUUCGCUUCCUAUGGUGUCCCUCAUGGAUCUUCUGACUUAUUGAAGGCAGUUCCUGAUGAUCACAAGAAGUUUCUAGCUGAUAUGGUUUGGGUCCAUGAAGAGGAUGAUGUGUGCAUAGAGGAUGAAGAAGGAAUUAGACACUGUAAAUUGAUUGCCGUGCAUGCUGGUCUAGAGGAAGGGAAAAAUGUAGGCGAACAACUGAGAUUUUUGAAAGCUAAGGAGACUCAUGUCCCCAAGAUAGAGGCUCUUAGUGGGAGGAAAACAGUUUGGGAUAUACCAAAGGAAUUAACUGAGAAACCGAUCAUUGUGGUUAGCGGCCACCACGGGAAACUUCAUAUUGAUGGUCUUAGAUUGAUUAUUGAUGAAGGUGGUGGAUUUGAGAAUAAACCAGUGGCUGCAAUUGCGCUUCCCUUGAUGAAGCUUGUUCGUGAUACUGAUAAUUUGACAAAAUAGCUUGGAUUAUAUUAUAGAUUGAUCCAAGUGUCCACAAUCUUUCCAGAUUUAGCCUAGCAUACACAUCCAGGCAUGUAAUCUGACUGUUACAUUGUUGGUUGCAUAUCCUGAGCAAUCGUUUCAGCACUGGUCUCGGAUGUUCUUCUCGUUUUAUCAAAUGUUGUAUCUAAUAUUUUAGAAAUUUCUUGGGGAAUAUCAAUAAAAUGGGCUUGUGUCCAUGACAAUUGUCUUGUGGAAUUUGUCCA